GGGCGGCCGGCCAGUCCCGCGCGAGCCCAGGGUGUCAGCGGCGGGGCAGAAGGAAGAAAGUUCCUGGGGCUUCUCCGGGGCUGCUGUCCGGGUUGCCUGUCUGGCCGCCCCCUCCUCUCCAAGGCCAUGGCUUCCAAACUCCUGCGCGCGGUCAUCCUGGGGCCGCCCGGCUCGGGCAAGGGCACCGUGUGCCAGAGGAUCGCCCAGAACUUUGGCCUCCAGCAUCUCUCCAGCGGCCACUUCUUGCGGGAGAACAUCAAGGCCAACACGGCAGUUGGUGAUCUGGCAAAGCAGUACAUAGAGAAAGGUCUCUUGGUUCCAGAUCACGUGAUCACCCGCCUCAUGAUGUCAGAGCUGGAGAUGCGGCACAGUCAGCACUGGCUCCUGGACGGUUUUCCUAGAACGUUAGUUCAGGCCGAAGCCCUGGACAAAAUCUGUGAGCUGGAUCUAGUGAUCACUUUGAACAUUCCAUUUGAAACGCUCAAAGAUCGUCUCAGCCGACGCUGGAUUCAUGCUCCUAGUGGAAGAGUGUACAACCUGGACUUCAAUCCUCCUCAUGUACAUGGGAUUGAUGACAUCACUGGUGAGCCGUUGAUCCAGCAGGAGGAUGAUAAACCUGAAGCAGUUGCUGCCAGGCUAAGACAGUACAAGGACGUGGCAAAGCCAGUCAUUGACUUAUACAAGAGCCGAGGAGUGCUCCACCAGUUUUCUGGAACGGAGACUAACAAAAUCUGGCCUUAUGUUUACACGCUUUUCUCGAACAAGAUCACACCUGUUCAGUCUCAAGAAGCCCACUGAGCCCGCCCAGUGGGAGCACCAGGAGGAUGUGGCCAUUCUUGCAGCUGUACAUGUAGCGUUGGUGCGUCCCAAUUAGAAGCUAGCCGAGAUAGCUCACAGCGUCUUCUCUAGUUUAAAUGGUGAACUGAUAUGGAAACUAAUGAACACAAUGAGAGUUAAUGAAGAGGCUCUUCUCUGCCUUUCAAAAGAAGCAUCACGCACACAUGUUUAAGAUGUCUCUGCACGUGUCGCAAGCCCUUCACAAGAAUGCGAGUACAGGCUGAUUUCAAAUGGUGUAGAACCCAUCACUAGCUGAUUUCUGACAGUCGUGUUGUUGCCGGAGUAGCCUUUUCGCACACAGUAGUGCUGGUCUUUGGUUCUCCCACGCCCCCAAAUGAACCUAGCACCAGAGGGCCUGAGAAUGCCAAGGACUGUGGCCUGGGCUCUGACCCAGGUCCUCUGGUGUGUGGCCUCCUGGUGACCAUGGGAUUGAAACCAGUUGCUCUCGGUGGUCACUUCUCUGGCCUUGAGUGGCUGUGUCCACGAUUCAUUUUUUCUGUUGGGAGUGACCCCUUCUUUUCUGCAUCCAUGCUCCAUAGAAUCUCUCCUUUCAGACGUUCUGGAAUGAAAGGAUUUGGCUUCUGCUCUUUUGAUUAGACUGUAUUUUUUUUACAUCUGUUUUCUCCCUUCCUAGGCCAUUAAGUAAUAUGGGUAGUCAUUGCUUCUGUCCUUUUCCAAUUCCUUUCUAAGAGCUGAGAGCUAGGGGACGAUGUCUAAAUCACUUCACGCACCAGGAACUGCGCUCUGUGGAGGGUCCACUUGCACUGCUGGUCUGACUCUCAUGGGCUGACACUGCUCCUCUCUUUUAUUACAGAAGAAUAAAAUCCUCAGAGUCUUUUGGGAAUCCUCAAAAAAAUGGGAAAUAUUUGCCUCUAUAAAUGUUAAAAGAUCAUAUCUUAAUGUAGAGAAGUAAUAAGACUGCAUGGAAUUACUGGACUAAAAGAAUAGUUUAGCUUUGUAUUCAAGACAAAAAAAUGUCUUUUAAAAAUGCUGCUAAGUAUUGAUGCUGAGGGUGUUUUUCUCUCGUGAGCGACCCAAGCGUAUUGUAAAUAGUUGGUAAAGGGGAUCUGGAUCCUGGGGGUUAAGGAAACGUGUUGCACUAGCUGUGCCUAGGCUGGGUAUGACAGCUUUACGAUGAGGAGAAAACAAAACCGUAAUUUUUUUCUGUUCCAAAGAUGCUUUCUAUAGGGUGGCCAUUAAAUCUAGAAAUAUAGAUAAUACUGUUUUAUCAAUUGUAAUGUAAUAUCAAUAAACCAUUUAUUAAGGA